GGUGAAAUCCCCGCUCUCUUCCGGACCUCAGCCGCACGCUCCAUUUCUACACGAGAGCGCUCGAUCGAUCGAGAGAGAGAGAGAGAGAGAGGGAGAGAGAUGGGGGACUCCGCGACGGCGACGGCGACGACGACGACGAAGGCGACGCCGCCGACGCUCCCCGUGGCGGGGCGCCGCAACGUCCUCAUCACGAGCGCCCUCCCCUACGUCAACAACGUCCCCCACCUCGGCAACAUCAUCGGAUGUGUUCUGAGCGCGGAUGUGUUUGCGCGGUACUGCCGGCUCCGAGGGUAUAAUGCAAUAUAUAUAUGCGGAACGGAUGAGUACGGGACGGCAACCGAGACAAAGGCCAUGGAGGAGAAUUGCUCUCCCAAGGAGAUAUGUGAUAAAUACCAUGCCAUUCACAAGGAGGUAUACAAGUGGUUUGACAUAAGCUUUGAUGAGUUUGGACGAACAUCUUCUCCGGCGCAGACUGAAGUUUGCCAAGCUAUUUUCCACAAACUGAUGGGGAAUAAUUGGCUUUCUGAGAACACCAUGCAGCAGCUUUACUGUGACACAUGCCAACGCUUCUUAGCUGACAGGCUUGUGGAGGGAACUUGUCCUACCCCUGGCUGUAAUUACGAGUCUGCAAGAGGUGAUCAGUGUGAAAAAUGUGGGAAAUUGUUGAAUCCUACUGAACUGAUUGAUCCCAAAUGCAAAGUUUGUCGAAACACUCCACGCAUUCGUGACACCGACCACUUAUUUCUAGAGCUUCCUUUACUGAGGGAAAAAUUAGAGAAGUAUAUCAGUGAAAUGUCUGUGGCUGGGGGUUGGAGCCAAAACGCUAUCCAAGCAACGAAUGCUUGGUUGAAGGAAGGAUUGAAACCCCGCUGUAUUACAAGGGAUCUUAAAUGGGGUGUCCCUGUUCCUCAUGAGAAAUAUAAAGAUAAGGUGUUUUAUGUGUGGUUUGAUGCCCCAAUUGGGUAUAUCUCAAUAACAGCGUGCUACACUCCUGACUGGGAGAAGUGGUGGAAGAAUCCUGAUAUGGUAGAAUUAUAUCAGUUCAUGGGCAAAGAUAAUGUGCCAUUUCACACUGUUAUGUUUCCUUCCACACUCCUUGGAACUGGUGAAAAGUGGACAAUGAUGAAGACAAUAAGUGUAACGGAAUAUUUAAAUUAUGAAGCAGGAAAGUUCUCCAAGAGUAAGGGUAUUGGAGUUUUUGGUAAUGAUGCAAAGGAUACAAAGAUUCCUACCGAAGUAUGGCGUUACUACUUGCUCACUAAUAGGCCAGAGGUGUCAGAUACACUGUUUACAUGGGCAGACCUGCAAGCAAAACUCAAUAGUGAAUUGCUUAGUAACUUGGGAAAUUUUAUCAAUCGUGUAUUGAGUUUCAUUGCCAAACCCGCAGGAGCUGGGUAUGAUUCAACUAUUCCUGAUGCUCCUAAUGCGGAGUCUCAUCAAUUAACUAAGACUCUUGCAGAAAAUGUUGGCAAAUUGGUCGAUCAGUAUCUUGAUGCCAUGGAGAAGGUCAAACUAAAACAAGGCCUGAAAAUUGCUAUGAGCAUUUCUAGCGAGGGUAAUGGAUAUUUGCAAGAGAGCCAAUUUUGGAAGCUUUACAAAGAAGAUCCCUCUUCAUGUGCCAUUGUGAUGAAGACUUCAUUAGGACUUGUUUACCUUCUUGCCUGUUUAUUAGAGCCUUUCAUGCCUUCCUUCUCUAAUGAAGUAAUGAGGCAGCUUAAUUUGUCUCCAGAAGAGCAUCUCUCAUUUUCUGAUGAGAAAGGAGAUAUCGAUAAAGCAAAAAGACCUUGGGAUUUUCUACCUACCGGCCACAGAAUAGGGAAACCUGAGCCACUUUUUAAGGAACUGAAAGACGAAGAAGUAGAAUUUUUCAGACAGAAAUUUGCAGGCAGUCAAGCUGAGAGGGUAUUGAAAGCAGAAGCAGAUGCGAAAAAGGUUGCUGAGCAACUCAAGACAACAAAAAUAUCAGAAGGUAAUUCGAAGAAAGAAAAGACAAAGCCAGCUGGUAGUACAAAAACAAAGGCAGCUGAAGCAGAAGUUACGAUCUCCAGGCUUGAUAUCCGUGUGGGUCGCAUCAAGAAAGCUCAGAAGCAUCCAGACGCUGAUUCCCUUUAUGUCGAAGAAAUUGAUGUUGGAGAAGAGUCGACUAGAACGGUGGUCAGUGGCCUUGUCAAAUACAUUCCCCUUGAAGAGAUGCAGAAUCGGAAAGUUUGUGUUCUCUGUAAUCUGAAGCCAGUGGCUAUGCGUGGUAUUAAAUCACAUGCGAUGGUUUUAGCUGCAUCAAAUGAUGACCAUACCAAAGUGGAGUUGGUCGAACCGCCGGCGUCGGCUGUAGUAGGGGAGCGCGUAACCUUUCCUGGAUAUUCGGGCGAACCGGAUAGCGUGUUAAAUGCGAAGAGCAAAGUAUGGGAGAAGGUUCAAGCUGAUCUCCGUACAAACGCUGACUUGGUUGCCUCUUACAAGGAUGUGCCCUUCACCACCUCGGCCGGAGUCUGCAAGGUCUCAUCCAUAGCAGAUGGGGAAGUGAGGUAGUGAGAUUUGUUGAUAGUAAUUCUCUCAAAUAAUUUUACACAGGAAGUCCUCUCAUUUUGAAUAGUAUUUGAGAUUAUCAAAUUGCUAAUUGUAACUUUUUGAGUGGAUAUAAUAUAUAAUUUGGCAAGUUGGAUAUUUAAGAAGGUUUUUUCAUUGUGUU